CCGUCGUUGUCGCUCCUGAAUCGCUGACGACUUUCCAGCCGACAAGAGUCGGAUCGGACGAUCAGUACGAGUUAAGCAGGCAACCUGGUCGGACGGGAAAAAGUUUUUCUGCGGUCAAGAAGGCGGUGCGAUAUUCUGUCAGAGAUAUCAAAUAAAUACAGUUUUACCCCCAACUAAGUCAAGUGGAUGCUGAAGAUGCACAUCGAUUGAUUGGCAGCAUCAGCAGAAGAAGAGCGACAUCACCCACGCAGAACGAGACAAUCAGAAUUAACCGGGGCAGCGUUGGUGUGCCCAAGUGCAAUUAUCGUGUUUCUCUCUCGAAGUAGAAUUCGGCCUGAAGAAUCAGUGCCCUAGAUUGGGGAAAAGUGAAAAAAAAAAGUGAAGAAACGAAACAAAAACAAACCCUGAAGAAGAUGCGACGAUUUCAAGUGCACGUAAAUCUCGUGGUCGCAGUGGUGCUAACCGUGUUCACACUGAUCAGCGGUCCUUCCAGUGGAGCAGUACAGGCGUCCGCUCUCGAGGGGACCGCCUACUACGGGCGGUCUUACCGGGGCAAUGGCAACAGCGACAACCGGAUGAUUUUUCCCACCGAUAGGGAACGCUACAAUCUGAUCAACAAGGAUGUGAAACGCGAGGCGGACGACUUCGAUGGUUGCUGUGGCGAUGAUAUACCAAUAGAACUUGCCCUCCAGCUGGGCAACAUCAGCUCGAGUGACGAUGUUUUCAACCUAGUCGAUCCGGACUCCAUCGAUCAUCGGAUCUUCUCCAAAGAUGGCUUUGGAGAACGAUCAGCCGGAGAGACACCGACGCCGGCCGGGUGCAACACCGUGCCAACGAUUGUCAGCCUACGACCGGAAAAUAACAACGAUCCCCGGCUGAUCUACAGCCCAGUCUGUACGCGAGUUCAGCGCUGCAGCGGCUGCUGUGUUUCGAAGCGACUCUCGUGCCAACCCACCUCGACUCGCACCAGGACUUUUACAGUGAACGUUCUCGAGUACGUCAGUGGUACUAAGACCCGCUUCAAGAACCGCGAUCUGGCCCUGAUCGAGGAGCACGUGGGUUGUGCCUGUAAGUGUCGCGUCAAGGAGGAACACUGCAACAAUCUGCAGCGGUACAACGCUCGGAACUGUCGGUGCGAGUGCGUGAACAACGAUGACCGGACCAAGUGCCUACAGCAGCAGGACAUCAAACAGUGGAACCCGGACACGUGUCUAUGCGAAUGUAACGAUCCGAAGGAGUGCACUAGUGGCUCGUAUUACGAUCACAACUUCUGCAAAUGUCUGCAGAACUCUGCCAGCCGCUAUCGCAACCAAUCGACGCUCGACCGCAGACGCUUGAUUCUGAAACCCGUACCGGCUGCUAUUUCUGCCUCGAUGCCAUCCGCCUAAUUGCGGCGAUCGAAAUAGCAGUUAGACAGUACAAAGAAUUCGGGCAACGCGGAAGCAGGAGUAGCUUACAGCUUCCUAAGCGCAGCUUAGAAAUGAUGCAGGAAAUUGAUCGGUUUUUUUUCUCUACUCGGGUUGUGCAGUGGCUGCUGACGGAGGACAGCAAAUUGGUGGACCUUUUUUUCACUUCAUUAUGAGUGUCUAAGCGUGUGAACAAGAGUUGAAUGAAUGCAAGUAUUAUGUUUUCCGUACGGUAAUUUUAUAUAAACGAAAUGUAUUUAAGUUUGAAACAGCUGAACAGGUCUGUAGUCGAACGAAGUUAGCGUUAUUUAUUAUUUUAUUAAGUGGAGAUUUCAAUAAAGAUUAUUCUACAUUA